AUGGAGUGGGCGAGUCGCGCCGCCGGCGCGGUGGGGGGCCUCGCUCAUCUCGGCGCCGCCUGGUACGGCCAGCACUGUACCUGCCACGUGGACCUGGGCGAGGUCUGUUCGUCCGACAAGGACCUGAUCAGGCUGCUCGAGGGGCAGCUCCAGCGGUGCGGACCGGCGAACCUCACGGUGCCGGCGCCGUGCCCUGUGCCGGAGUGCUCCGGCCACCCAGGGAGCGUGGUCUUCCUCGCCUCGCUCCUCGCCUUCUUCGCGGGAGCGGUCGUCUCGGCUGGAGGCAUCUGGGCCUGGUCGCAGCGCCAGAUGGCCGACUACCUGCGGCCGGGGCAGCGGGUGCUCGUCUUCUACGACCCGGACCCCAGCGAGCUGCUAUGGCAUGAGCGCCUCUUGUGCGCUCACGUGCGGGCGAACGACUGGAUCGUGGCGACGCCCGACCGAGACAUCUACCUCGAGGAUCUGGAGGGUGGUAUCGAGGGCAUGGUUCCGCUUGGCCCGAUGGGCGGCCUUCCUGUCGGGUGGUCGCGGGGGCCCACGUACUUGUUCCGCGACUCGACGCAGGGCCCCCUCAGCAAGGCGGAGAGCGGCCGCCUGCAGGCGGAAGGCGAGGAGCUUGCCGUGGCCGAGCGUGCUGGACUCGCUGCGGGUGCGCCGCCUCCUCUGCCCCCCCCGCUCGAGGCGCCGCCGGCGCUGGGCGCAGGGGGCGCCCCUGACCUGGGCGAAGGCGAGUGGCGCUUCAUGGAGUCUCGCGGCGGGGCCUGCCUGGGCGAGCGCGUGCCAGCUGGUCUCCUGGAGUUGGGCGUCUGCGUGGGGGACAGAGGCAUUGUCAAGUCCGAGGGCGUCCCCGUCUCGUGCCGCUUCUUCAAGGCCGGCGAGCAGAUGCCUACCCCUCGUGGCGACGGCGGGCCUGCCGAUUCUCCAGGGGAGCUCAGGACCCUUCCCGUCAAGUACGAGACAGCCGAGUCCCGGCACCGCUCGUACAAGGAGGCCGCGGCGCUGACUACGACGACGAACUUCGAGGAUUGGCCGAUCAGCGGGCCACGGACGGCGGAGUGGCUUGCUCGGGAGAUCGCCCGCCAGGAGUUGACUCCCGUGAGACGUCACUACUGGUGGCGCCAGCUUCUCAGCCUCGGUCCCUCCGACUGGGGAGUGGGGGAGCACGAGGCGCUCAGUCGGCUCUUCGAGUACGCCCUGACGUACGACCAGCUGAAUUUCGGAGAGCUCGCGUCGCUUGAGCUCGCGGGGCGCCGCUACCAGCUUCUGGAGGAGAAGUACGCGCGCAUGCUGGUGGAGGCGACCGCUGGUGGCGACGGAGCCCACUUGGACAACGACCGCCUGUUCAUGGGCGAGGAGCGUCGCCACGGCCGGGCGCUCGUCGCGCCCGCUCUGGAGUCGUGGGUAUCCCAGAGGCUGGCCGAGGAGAGCGCGGUGCUGAAGGAGCGGCGCAAGGCGAUGGAGGAGCGGCAGCUGGCUCGUUCCACCGAGGUCGCUUCCGCGGGCGGCCGCGGCGCGGAUGACGACAAGAACAGGAUGGCGAGCGGCCUCGGUGAUUCAGGUGAGGUCCACGAGUGGGCUCGCGACCUGCUGCCGCUGCCCACGGGACGCUGCCUCGCGGCUCUCCUGGAGGGCAUGUCGCCGGCGGUGCUGGGGGCGUCGCGCUGCGCGGAUCGGCGGCGGGCUCGUCGGCGGAACGCAGAGGCGUGGCUGCAGCAGGGCAUCGCGACGCUCAACACUCUGGGAGGGCGUGGAGAGAGCUGGGACCCCAAAGUGCUGCCGGGCGCGAUCCAGCGCCAGGCUUUGGCCACCUUGGCCCGGGCCUAUCACUCUGUUCCAGGUCCGCCUGCCGACCUCACCGCCUCGGGAGCGUGGAGUGCGCUCCGGGGUAGCGGCUCCGGCUAUGCCUGUGGAGGCGUAGUCGCCGGAGAGUUUGCGACCUACCAGCGCGGCAGGCUUGCUCUGCCGGCGGUCGGCGCGGAGGCGAUCGAUCUCGUCGACUGCCUGCCCGACCACUACCAGAAGUUGCUGGAGGCCAGUGGCCGUGCCCUUCGGCUGCCAGCGACGUGUGCGGAGGAGCGUGCAGCAGAGGCGAGCUCCUUUGGCCCGGCCAUGGACCCGAUCCUGUCGCGGUCGCCGGGCAAGUUCGCCGAGUUUUUGACCAGUGCCUUUGACUCCGGAGUCGUGGAGCCCGCGACCGAGGUUCGCAGUUUUGUUGGAGUCUUUUUCGUUCGCAAGAAGGACGGCUCGCUGAGGCGGCUCCUGCCGGCCAGGCUGAGGGAGCGCUUUCCUCGGGAUGCGCAGAGCGUGCACUUCCAGGUGCGCGUCGUGCCGAUGGGCUGGAGCUGGGCCGUUGCGCUGGUGCAGGCCGCCAACGCGGAGCAGCUGAAGACCGGCCCGUGGGGCGCACGCCGCUGGCUGUGCAACCGCCGCUGCGCGCCGUCUGUCGCCGCGCGUGAGCCGGCCGCGCUCUUGUACAUUGACAACUUCGCGGCGCUUGGCACCGACAAGGCGGCGGUCGCGCGGGAUGGCGACGCGAUGGAGGCGAGCCUGAGGGGCCUUGGUCUCUCGACUCAUGCGGUGUCCGGGCCGCAGCUGGAGGUCGACCUGCUUGGGUUCCGCGUCGACGGGCGGAAAGGAGCCGUGCACAUCGCGCCCUUGCGGUUCUGGCGGCUGGUCCUCGCCCUCGAGCACAUUGCAGGGCACCCGAUGCUGACCGGAGCGGAGCUGGAGCGGCUGGUGGGCCACGUGACGCACGUGCUGCUUCUGAGGCGUGAGCUGCUCAGCUUGCUGAACGCCUGCUACGUCUUCAUUAGCAAGUGCUACGACAGGCGGGUGCGGUUGUGGCCCUCUGUCCUCAAGGAGCUCGGCUGGCUGCGCUCCCUGCUGCCGCUGGUCUGGGCCGACCUGCGCGGUGCCUGGGCACCCACUGUGACGGCCGUGGACGCGUCGAUGACCGGGUUCGGAGUGGUCGAGAGGACCGUCAGCCCGGACGUCGUCGGCUCCGUCGGGCGCGUGCGGGAGCGCUGGCGUUUCAAGGAGGAGGAGCUGGUGGCCGAGGGGUCCCGGGCUCGUGCCUUGAGAGAAGGUGCGCCUGUUGACUCGUCCUUCCCUGACGUGCCUGCCAGCCUCUGCAAGUCGACGGACUGGAGGACGGCCGGUGCAGCGCGUCGCACGGCGCUGCCCUGGCACCGCCUCCUGGGCUCGAGUGUUUCGGGCCUCGAGCUGGAGUCGGUGAGGCCCACGACCCAGCAGACCUACCUCCGAUUCCUGCAUGGCCUUUGCACCUGGCUGGGCCUGGCGCGUCUGCCGACCUGGAGUGCGCCGGAGUGGGACGAUGCGCUGCUGCAGUACCUGCACGACGAGUUCGAGGCGGGUGCGAGGCCGCACGGGGCUGCCAAGCUGCUGUCGGCCCUCCUGUGGGCCCGGCCCGGGCUGGGGCGGCCGCUACGAGUGGUCCUUCCCAGGUGCAGCCGGGCUCUGCUGGGCUGGAAGCGGCGGCAGCCCGGCCAGUCCCGUCCUCCGCUGCCGUGGAUAGUGCUGUGUGGAGUGCUGGAGAUCCUCCUCAUGCGCAGGCUUCGGUUCAUGGCGUGCGCGCUGGCCCUGAUGUUCCACUGUUACCUUCGACCAGGAGAGCUGCUGGCGAUGCGGGGCUUCCAGCUGGUGCCCCCGGCGCCGGGUCUCGGCGGUGGCUUCCGCUGGUGGACGCUGCUGCUGCACCCAGAGGAGCUUCAGAUCCCGAGCAAGACGGGGGAGCUGGACGACUCCCUGCCGCUGGACGUGCCAGAGCUGCAGUGGCUCACGCCGCUCCUUCUCGAGCUGCGUGCGACGGUCAAGCCCCACGAGCCGCUCUGGAGUUUCGACUACGUGCAGCUGCGCGCCGAGUUCGAGGGCGCGCUAGCGGCGCUCGGGCUCCACCACCUGGGGGCGACGCUGUACAGCCUCCGGCACGGAGGCGCGAGCCACGACAGGAUCGUCAACCGGCGGUCCUUGGAGGAGGUCGCCAAGCGCGGCCGGUGGCGCGCGCGCCUGUCGGUGAGGCGGUACGAGAAGCACGGCCGGCUGGCGCUACAGGUCGCGCGGGUGCCCGCCUCUGUACAGCGGCACCUGCGCCUCAGCGAGCAGAGGUUGGCCGACCUGCUUGGGCGCGAGAGGGUCGCGGUGGAAGUCUUCUCAGGCUCCGGGCGGCUUGCCGCCGCGCUCCGAGCCCGCGGCCUCGCCGUCCUGGAGUGGGACAUCGUUCGAAGUCCCAUGUUUGACCUCACCAACCGCGCGGCCGUCGAGACUCUGAAGGGCUGGAUUCUCAGUGGUGAGGCGCCUCACUAA